GCGUCGUUUUCUGUAGCUGCGCGCUGAUCUGAUCCCGGUGAUGCUGCCGCUCAAGUGUUGCAUGCUGAAGAGUCCCGACGCUCAGUGUGAGAGCUUUAAAGGAUGUUAGGAUGAAGGUUGGAAACGAGGGGAAAUGAAGAUGAAGAUAAGAGUGUGCCAAGGGGUUAGUGGCAUCAUCAUCAUCACCAUGGUUACCAGUUUUAUGUUGGUGUACAACAGCAGCUCUGGCGACAGAUCAUCCUCCUCAUCUGCAUCAUCGGUGUCAUCCCACCGUGUAGAUGGUCCUGCUCCAUCCACAAGGAAGCCGGAGAGACUGCAGAGACUCCCGACACCAACACUUGAGGGGUACACAGGUGUCAUGGAUCAUAAGCCUCUGAAGAUGCACUGCAAGACUUGUGCCCUGGUGACCAGCUCCGGCCAGCUAACUGGGAGCAAGAUAGGUGAAGAAAUCGACCGCUCUGAGUGCAUAAUCCGUAUGAACGAUGCUCCCAGCAUCAGAUAUCAGCGAGAUGUCGGGCAACGCACAAGCCUGCGUGUCAUAGCUCACUCCAGCCUGCAGAGGGUGCUGCGAAGCCGGCAGGAGCUGCUCAACGCGAGCCAAGACACAGUGUUCAUCUUCUGGGGACCCAGCAGCUGCAUGAGACGGGAUGGAAAGGGCCACGUUUACAACAACCUCAGGCUGUUAAACCAACUUCUGCCCAAACUUAAAGUCUACAUUAUUUCUCGGAUCAAAAUGCUCAAGUUUGAUGAGCUGUUUAAAAAGGAAACGGGGAUUGACAGGAAGAGUUCCAACUCCUGGCUGAGUACCGGCUGGUUCACCAUGGCCAUAGCCCUGGAGCUGUGUGACAGGAUCAACGUGUAUGGCAUGGUGCCUCCUGAUUUCUGCAGAUCCUCCUCUCAUCCCUCUUUGCCGUAUCAUUACUAUGAGCCCGCGGGGCCCGACGAGUGCUCCAUGUAUCUCUCCCACGAGAGGAGCCGGCGAGGAAGCCACCACCGCUUCAUCACGGAGAAGACAGUGUUUGCAAACUGGGCUCGAACCCUCAACAUCCACUUUCACCAGCCAGACUGGAAACCAGAUGCUGUCGACACCAACAUGAACAGCUCAUACACUCCGGUUCCAGCUGGAUCCUGAGAUUCACUCCACUGACGAUCCUCAGACGUGUGGAAUAUUUGUGUGGAUGGUUUCCAGGGCUCAGAUUCCCUCUCUGGACAAUAUGAAUGCAUGAGACAACAGUAGGACAGAACAGGCUACUGUUGUGGCUGUUAGCCUGCUGCCUAAGCAGCUUGGCAGAAUGGGAUCAUUGCAUAAUAGCAGCACAAAGCCCCAACAAUGUUUUGGAAGUGUAACUAUAAUAGGAUGAAUUUCAUACUGGAAUCAAAGCCAUGGAGGUUGGCUCAAGUGUUUUUUUACUCAGUGUAGAGCUGCUUUGACAACACUCGAGCUGUCAGAGAGGAGGCAGACAAUGAGGCAGAACACCGCUGCAAUAACGGCAGUAUGACUGAUUCAUUUUCAUAAACUAAACACAGAUUCACUGAGGACACUCAGGUCGUGUCCUCAUUAUUUGGGAAUGUGGGAGUAUUAAUGACCUGAGGAGGAGUUUACAUUUCACAAUAACACACAAAUUAAAUGUAGUGUUUUCAAAGCUCAUUGUGAUAUUUUUAGAGGCACUGUGUUUAACGUUUUAAACACUUUUAUCCCUUUUCAACAAUACAAUAAUCACAAUACAGGCAACAGAGAGAAGAUAAAUGUGACAGUUGCAGUUUUGCAAUAGCAGACACCUCGUGUUUAGUUGUAACAUACAGCUUAUUGAUACUGUAUACUGCAAUAAAUUCAAAGAUGUAAGUAAAACAUACAACAAUGGUUUUAACAAUAAACAAUACAAACAAACAAGCCAUACAAUUAUUGCUUACUGACAUACAGAAUUAUGUAUACUCUAGUGGUGUCUGUGUUGUGUUGAUAUGAAGAGGCCCAGACUGUGAACAUCAUUGGAGGCAAUCUCCGUUUAUUCCCCCCAUGGAGUGCAACAGCAAAAGGGUAAAAACAAAAUUACGACGAUAUAAACUCAAGCCCCUACACAAAUUAAGUUACACAGGAAUAUGUUAGCAUAUAUUACAAUAAGGUUAGGCUGAAAAAUGAGAGGGGAGAGGGAAGGCGGGAGACACCCCUUUAUAGGUGGGGUAUCCCCUAUGGUGAGCGUAAGGGGUACAGAAACGUAUCAAACGUUAUUACAAAUGUACAUUUGAUUGUGUUACACAUAUUACUGUGAGUACUGAGUUUAACGUGGCAAUCUUUAAGAUUUCAGUCCUGGCUGAUUUGCCCUGCUGUUACUGGUGGUAGCAGCAUAUGUGGUUCAGUUCUCCAGGCCACAGAGUUCUGGAAGGAGCAAAACAAACUGUCAUCAUAUUAAUAAAAACAGCAGGCAAUAACUGACCUUUCUCCAUCAUUCAAUGAGCAACCAUGAUGUGAUUUUAUGUGGCAAAAAAUAUGUCUCUGCAGAUAGCGGCGCACAGUGAAAGGAGUUGGUUCUUCAUCAAAUAGCUCACUGUGGCUGCUCCUUCUGCAAUAUUUCAAACGGUUUGCAGUCAUGACGUGAAUGUUGCCCUCAAUACCCUCAUAAUAUUACAUAUAUAUAAAUAUUGCUUUAAUCAGUGGGUGAAACCAGACUUUAUUAUAUUUUUAAGUGAUGCAUUCAAUGUCAUGAUCUCCUUGAUCUAUCUUAUAACAUAUUGCAGGUAGGCAGCCUUCCUACUGAACAAUGAAGUAAAUUCUG